AUGUGUAUUGUAAUCUCAUUAUCCACUUAUUACGAGUUUGGCAAAUCUAUGUUUGAAUUUCCAUACAGAGUUCGUGUUGGUCUAUCCAAAUGUUCAUGUAGUCGAAUUCACGUUUCUGAACCCUAUAUUGACGGAAAUGUGGAGUUGGCAAAUUGGAGAGACUUCCUUUCUUUUUGUUCUAUGUGCAGUUGUCUAUUCGAGGAAUUGAAAUCAUCACAUCACCUUGAAUAA